AACAUAGCUAAGACGGGGUCCCUUUGUUGUGUGGCUGCAAGGCCACAUGGGUCCACUGCAGCUAGCGGAGAAUGGUCUAUGGGCCCACAUGAGCCCUACUGGCGGACUAAUUCAAGCUUCUCGCCAGCACCAUCCAGAUGGGAUUUCCGUUUCCAACCUGAAGCAUUAUCUUUUGGGUCUAAUGAUGGGGUUCAAUUGUAUGGAUCUUCUGCUUCGUCAAACAGCAGAGAGAGUAGAGGUUGGGUGAGGGGAAACCAAUUGGCCAAUCACCAAUAUCUCGUAUCAGAUGGUGGUGUUGGUGCAUACUAUAGUAGUCCGUCGGACAUCUCUCCUGCACAACAGUGGACUCCACCAGCUAUCCAAGAAAUCAAUGUUGAUGAUUAUGGUACUUCAAGGAGGGAUGCAAUCUUGAGGCCAUUUUCAUUUUCACCCACAAUGGAGGGAACAUCAACUGCUAGGGAUGGUGGAGGUUCAACUUCAUCCCGAUCUGACAAUAGUGAUUGUGAUUCAAUCACCAAGUCCCAUUCGUCUCAUCGUAGCUUCCCAAGUCGUCGUUUCUUUAUGUCUAAACCCAUACAUCCUCUGUCAUUUCCAACUGAAACACCUAGAAGAGAAGCUAUUGACAGCCUCUCACCUGGUUUUUUAGAACUUGAUACCUCAACACCACAAAGAGAUAAACACCGCUUGAGCAGUGCUAGUGGCAGUCUUGACCUGACAGAGGCUUCUGAAUCCUUUCAAUCUGAAUUCCUAUGUAAACCUUGUAACCCUUCAGAUGGCUUCAGAUGUGGGUUAUGCGAGAGGUUUCUCUCGCAGAGGUCGCCUUGGAGUUCCCGACGAAUUGUGAGAAGUGGAGAUAUGCCAGUUGCUGGGGUUCUUUCAUGUCUCCAUGUAUUUCAUGCUGAAUGUUUGGAGCAAACUACACCAAAAUCAUGUAAAAGUGAUCCUCCGUGUCCCAUCUGCGCCAAGCUCGAAGAUGGUAGUUCUCCGGAUCAGCGACCUUUUUCCAAGUUCUUUCCUAGGCUUAAAACGUUCAAUGAAGACGGACCAUCCAAGCCUUGGGGCUGUGCUUAUUCUGGAGAUUGUGUUGAAGGGGCCUUGCAAGCACCAUCUCGGAGCACUAUGCUCUCACUAAACAAGAACCGGUUUAGGAAGAAUCUUUCUUUGAAGGGUAAUUCGGGAAAGGAAUUUUCAGGGAAAUUAAGAAAAACUAAUACAUUUUCGUCACAGCUAUUUAUUGGGUCAGUUGAUCAUGCAGUGGUGGGAUCUUCAAAAGCAACAAGUUCCGGGAAGAAGUAACAAUGGAAUUUUGUAUAUAAUUGCAGGCCGAUUUCCAUGGCCUUCGGCCGUGGGUCUCCUAAAGCUAAUCCUGUUUAUUGAAUCAGAAUGUUUAGUGGCUUAAUCAUGUUGUAAAAUGUAAUGUAGAGGAAAUUUUAUUUGCACUUAAAGGGCAUCAAACAAAUUGCAUGUUUUGUUGUAAGUUUUAAAACUGGUCUUGAUCAUUGUAUCAGAAUUUGUAUACCUAAUGUGGUGAAAAUUGUGACUUGCAAGUUGUAGGCAUCAAUUGACUUAUCUUUUGUGCAUCAA